AUUCUAGAUGAAAAUGGAAAAGUAGUCCUUUAAGUAUGGAAAGGAAAGACAGCCAUGACAGUGGUCAUGUGCAUGUGAUCAGGUUCCCAUGGCGACGAGAUCUAGGGAGAAAUGUGGAGGUGGAUCCAGUGAAGCCAGGGGAGUAUACUCUACAAACCCUGUUCCUACAGUUCUGUUCCAUUGCAGAGAAGAAAGUUGAACAGGUGGUGGCAGAACCAUUGGAAAAGCCUUUGGCAAAGUCAUUACAAAGAGGUGAGGACACACAGUUUGAUCAGAUUCUAGGAGCUUUAGGAUGUGUAGCCGAGCAGAGUCUUCCCUCCAUCUUACAGAGUCUUUUCCGAUGGUUUGAGAAACAAAACCUGAUAGACGAAUCUACUCAACUUGAUUCACGACAAAGACACAGGAGUAAAGGGAGCAAGGACUUUCUAUGUGAAAGGAGGGAUCUGGCUGUGGAGUUUGUUUACUGCCUUGUACUCAUUGAAGUCUUAGCUAAGCUAAAUUUUCACCCUGGCUAUGAAGACCUGGUGAUAUACAUCAUCAAACAGGCCUUCAGACAUUUCAAGUACAAGGAUGGGAUACAAGCCAAUCCAAACUCACAGAACAUAAGUGUAAUUGCUGACCUGUACGCUGAGGUUAUUGGAGUGCUUGCUCAGUCAAGAUUUCAGUCUGUAAGGAAGCACUUUGUAAAUGAAUGGAAGGAACUGAAGCUGAGAGAUCAGACUCCUUACACAGCUCAGAGUAUAAUCAGUCUGCUGAAUGGCCUCAAAUACUUCAGGGUCAAGAUGCAUCCUAUUGAGGACUUUGAGGCAUGUGUGUCAUUCCUCCAUGACCUUGGUCAUUACUUCCUGGAUGUCAAGGACAGAGAAAUCAAACAUGCCCUGGCUGCAUUGUUUGUAGAUAUUCUUCUCCCUGUGGCAGGAACUGCCAAGAAUGAGGUGAAUGUGCCUGUGCUGAAGAACUUGGUGGAGAUGUUGUAUACACCUGUGGUAGACAUGACCAUGAAAAAGAAACACUCCAGUCAAGUCUUUCCACUUGUGACUUGCCUCCUGUGUGUCAGUCAGAAACAGUUCUUCCUGAAUAACUGGCCGUAUUUCCUCACCACUUGUCUGUCACAUCUAAAGUCCAGGGACCCCAAGAGCUCCAGAAUGGCCCUCGACUCUCUACACAGGCUUCUAUGGGUUUACAUGGUGAGGAUCAAGUGUGAGAGUAACAGUGUAACACACAGUCGUCUACAGAGCAUCGUCAGCAGCUUAUUUCCCAAGGGGUCAAAGGUCGUCACACCCAAAGAUGUACCCUUGAAUUACUUUGUCAAAAUCAUACAGUUUAUUGCCAAGGAAAGGUUGGAUUUUGCCAUGAAGGAAAUCAUUUUUGAUCUACUUUGUGUUGGGAGACCUGCCAAAAUAUUUCUGUCCCAUGGACCAGAGAGGAUGAAUAUUGGUUUGCGAGCUUUCCUGGUGAUAGCGGAUAGCCUACAACAGAAGGAUGGAGACCCACCAAUGCCCCAGGCACAGGCUACUCUCCCCUCAGGAAGUACAGUCAGGGUCAAGCGAACCUUUCUGAACAAGAUGCUGACAGACACCACAGCCAAGAGUAUUGGGAUAGCUCAGUAUUACCCCCACAUGCUGAAAGCCUUUGACUCCAUGUUGAGGGCACUGGAUCUACAAGUGGGCAGACAACUCCUGCAGACCAAAACAGAAAAUGUUGGCAAGGAGCCAGAAGUCUUGAUGGGGGGAGAGAGAAAGUCAAAGAUAGAGUUGUUCAGAACCUGCAUCGCUGCCAUUCCUCGCCUGAUUCCAGAUGGAAUGUCACCCAUGGAGCUUGUAGAGAUGCUGAAUAGAUUAACAGUACAUGUGGAUGAUACAUUGAAAGGCCAUGCCUUUCAAGCUUUGCAGAAUCUGAUGUUGGAGUCAGCUUCAUGGAGAGAAAAUGUCAUCAGAGGUUUUGUGAUGUUCAUCCAGAAGGAGAUCAGUGACGUGACAAAUCAAUUGUUGGACAGCUCACUUCGUCUUUUGAUGCAGCUUCUGGUUCAGUGGAAGGCUAGCAUGAACACGAACAAGGAUAAGAGUUCAGGAGAUGGUAAUGUGGUAUUAAUAAGACAGGAAGUAACGGAUCUGAGCGUGCUCCAUGAGGUAGAGGGACUGGCUUUGGUCAUGAUGUGCAGUGCUAGAGUUGUCACUCGUAAACUUGCUGUUCAUCUGCUCAAAGAAGUCAGAAAUAUCUUCAACUCUGCUAAUACACAGGGGAAUUGUGAGCCCUGUCUGCUGGAGAUGAUUGACAGAUCAUGUGGUGAUAUCAUCAAGAGACUGCUGCCAUCUCUUCCUCACUCAGAAAAGUCUUUGAUUAUGACAUCAUCAAACAUUGACCUGACCUGGAUUAUUGACCGGGCAGCCUCAGUCUGGAAUCCCACUGUCAUUGACCCCAAAAUGCAGGAGAGACACUGGACAGCAGGAAAGGUCAGUCCAUGGAUGAGAUGUGUGGCUAUGUUUGUGUCCAGUGAUUUUGGAAUGACCGUCUGUCCUCAUGCUGUGGGAGCCUCAUGGCCAAUUGUGUUCACGAGACUCAGUAAUGUCUACACACUGCUGGAGCCCAGUACAAUGAUAAAUGAGAACCGUACAUCUCUGCUGCGUUCCGGCACAUCAAACAAGAAGCCAACAACAGAAAAGGACCUGGUCAUGGAGUUAUGGCAGAACUAUGUCAUUCUGGCUUGUGCUGUGGCCCAAAAGGGAAUUCCUUCUCAAUUCAGAUGUGCAUCACCAGACCCAGGAUCUUCCCCAGACAGUUCUGGAGGAGACAAAAGUGACAGCAUCAAGAACAGUAACUCCUGCUCGGCCACAGCCCUUUUCCAGAUGUUAGUCCCCCUUAUGAAGUGUGAGAACAUUGAUAUGAGGGACACCAUUGUUAAUGGGUUGGGAUACACAAACCCUGCAGUUUUCAGAGAACUGAUGGAUGAACUAGUGGGGUUUUUGAAAGAGGCUAUAGAUCGGAAGGAGGGGAACUUCAAACGGAGAAGAAAGAAGGAUGUUCUUAGAGUUCAGCUAGCUCAUAUAUUUGAGCUGAUGGCUGCUAAUAAGACUUUUGCCCAAGCGGACUCUGGUGUGAUAGACAAGGAGGAACACUGCCUAAAUAAGACAUUCGUAGAGUACAUUGAUGGAGCUCGUCAGUAUCUGGAGAGCGAGAGUGACAGAAAUCUACCAGAUUUACAGGACAUCAGACUUCACUUCAGUCGCUUUGUACGGGAACUCAUCAGUCAUACUCCAAUGGAGUACAAGCGUUCCUUAUUAACCCGAGACCUGAGGUACAGUCUCUUUCAUCUGUUUGGGAAUUGGAGUGGCAAGUUCAGUCAUACUAUGGGAGAUUCCACAGACAGAAGAGUAUCUAAGGAGGAGAUAACUGAGUUAGAGUUGUCUGCAGUCAGAGCUAUGUCUGCUGUGUUGUGUUGUGGUCCUGUAUUUGAUCCCAAUGGUCUGAAUGAUGAUGGCUACAUCUAUAAAUGGGCUCACAUGCUGCUGAGUUCACAUGAAGACAGGAUCUAUGAACUGGCCAAAGAGACAGUGGUACUUCUGCUGGACUUUAACCCUGAUACCCUUGGGCUCUUGGAUUGGGUGAUAGACCGUUGCUACACAGGAGCCAAUGAAGUCGCAGAUGGAUGCUUCAAUGCCCUGGCAGCUGUUUUUCAAUCCAAGGAGUAUCCAUGUGAUCAUGUUGCCAUGUUGAACCUUGCCCUUCUGAAUGUUGGAAGUCCACGGAUGCAGACGCAUGAGACAGCAGUACAGCUUCUUCAUCUCCUCGACACACGAUUCUUCCAGGAGCCUGUUUUCUACACAGAAUCCGCUGCAGAUGACGUUAACCAGGCUCGUUUACCACUGAACGACAUCUUUCUGUCUGUGUCCUAUUGUCAUGCUCAGAUGAGUCUAUCAGAACAACUGGCCAAAUUCCAUCCAGAAAUCACACUGGAUAUGUUCUCUGAAAUAACCCACAGAUUUCAGACAGCAAAACCAUCUGUCAGACAAACUCUGUUGAGGUACUUGUUACCAUGGUUACACAAUAUGGAGCUGGUUGACCCCUCUCUUCCUCAGGUCAGCCCUUUCACUAACUUCCUGACUCGACUCCAUGACAAUCAGGUGGAGACAUACAAACCUCCACUGAAGGGGGAGGGAUGGGGAUCACCGGAGGCCACAAAAAUGGUGCUAAACAAUCUGUUUUACAUCACAGUGAAGUUUGGAGAUGACCACUACCGGGAGAUAGAAGAGCUGUGGGCAGCUUUGGUCAUUGGCUGGCCAAAUAACCUACGAGUCAUCAUUCAUUACCUUGUCAUCCUAACAAACAUGGCUGCUGCCGAACUCCUGCCAUUUGCAAAGAGGGUAGUGAGUUACUUGGGCCGAGCUCGACCUGAGCGCCUGGUUGAUGAGCUGAUGAAUGAGUUGCAGACAGUGGAGACACUGAAUAUGACAAUCGAGCGCACUCAGACACCCCCGUAUUUCAGACUCUCUCAGACCAAGCGUAACCCAGUCACCAUCAACACAACAGAUGAUGAGAAACUAGAGACACACCCAGAUGCUCCUCUAGAAAAGGGAACACUUCAUACAAAACGACACAGUGCCAAUGAAGACUUACCAAGUGAUAGUACACCACAAACAGAAUCCACAACCUCCCUACGAAGUGUCUCCAGCAACUCUUCCUCCCAGGAUCAGUUCCUGCUGGAUGAGGACAUCCAUCUUUCUGGUCCCUCCCCCGCUCGGGUUCCAGAGACCAGAAGAAGUGAAUCACCUGUCCCUUAUCCACUACCCAUGCCAGCUUAUGGGGGGUAUUUUGCUCCACUUUCAGAAUUUCUUCCUGAGAGUCUUCACCCAACUCCUGGUUUCCACAGGAGCAACAUAGCUGUAAUGUUUCUGUCAGACUUGGUACUAGAUGGCCUAGAGAUUGAUUGGUCAGCUCAUCUGCCAUUGAUGUUACAUGUCAUCUUCUUAGGCCUUGACCACAUGAGAGCUAUGGUUUAUGAACAUUGUAAGAAGCUUUUAGAAAAUCUGAUUCUCUUGGCCUCAGCACAGGAAGGUCAGAACAUUGCCAGAAUGUUACUGGGUUACCGUAGUAACAUCUCAGAUACUCUCAAACUUAUAGCAGAAGAUAGAGAAGGGCCUGGAAUUCUGGAGAGCAGCACGGAGGAUCCAAUCUCUAGGUCCACCAUUAGUGUAGAGAGCAAGGACAGCAACCAGACACUGAUUCCUGAUGUUGCUGUAGCAGCAGAGCAACUUAGUGACCCAGAUUCAUUUGACACAGUAGAGGAUAUUGUCAAAGCUAUCUUAGAUUUCAUGGAGAGCAGACGUGGUCGCCCACUGUGGAGUUGUGAAGACAUUACACCAAGAACUCUGAAGACUCAGAGUGCAUACCAGCUGGAGUUCUUCCUGAAGUGUGUGGUUAAGUGCUUUAAAGAGUUGUCUCCCAUUGCUCUGGUCGAGCAGAGGUGGUCACAUGUGGCUCUGCAACUUGCAUUGUCAUGCUCAUCAAGACACUAUGCUGGAAGAUCCUUUCAGGUGUUGCGAGCUCUUCACAUAAGGCCUACCACUCAGAUGUUAUCAGACAUUUUGUCUCGUCUGGUGGAGACAGUGGCAGAACAGGGAGAAGACAUGCAGGGUUAUGUCACUGAGAUAAUUCUGACACUGGAAGCUGCAGUAGACAACCUGGACAUUGAGAUGCGUCCCAUGGAUUACAUGAGGGAGAUCUUUAUGUCUACUCCAAACCUGGCUAAGGAUUUCACUGAGGGUAGAAAGGGGUCACUGAUGGCCCCACGACAAGCCACUAGUAUUCCCCAUCAUGCACGAAGCACGAGUUACUCUGUGACUGGUCCCCCUCACAGAUCUACUCACCUUGACCUCCGGUUCCGAGCUAGUACUGACAUUGACCGACUGAGAUCUAACAUACCACGCUCUCGAAGCGCCCAAUCCCUGAAGAAUGCUGACACCAGUGGAACAGAGGACAAACUUACCAUUAUGGCUCAGAUGUUCUGGAUAGCCGUGUCCCUGCUCGAGUCUGAUUUUGAGUAUGAGUUUCUGUUGGCUGUACAGCUCUUAGAGAGGAUUCUGCAACAUAUUCAACCAGAGAGGACAGAUUGUAGAGAGAGACUGGAGAAAAUCCAGCAGCAAAUAAAAUGGACUAACUUCCUUGGUGUCCAAACUCUACUGCUCAAGGGUUUCACAUCCUCAGUGACAAUGGAAGCUGUGUGGUCUCUGUUGUCAAGGUUAACCAUCAGUAUUAAUGCCCCUGUGGUGGACCCCACAGAAAACCUGGGCUUCCCUAUAAAUGUGAUAGCAUUAUUGCCAGUUCUUGUCCAGAAUUACGAAAAUCCAAGUCAGAAGUGCCGAGAUGCUGCUGAUCAUAUAGUUCAGAUUUGCUCUCAAAAGUCUGACCGACUGAACAAUCUUGGAACUGUGAUGUCCCUAUACAGCCGUGGUACAUUUGGUAAAGACAGCUUCCAGUGGACCAAGUGUGUCAUUAAGUACGUCCUGGAUGUUUAUGCCUCAGCCAGCCUUAGUAUGAUCAGCUUCCUGGUGGAGGUUUUGGAGAAGGGACCUAACAGCUACCAAUCCUCAGUGUUCCAGAUUUUACACUGUAUGGUCCACUAUAUUGAUGUCAGUUCCCCCUCAUCCUCCAUCCUUAACUCGGAGCUCAUCCAGGUCAUCAGUAAACAUGUUGAGGGUUCACAUCACAAGGAGGCCUUGAAGAUCCUGAAGUUAGCAGUGACUCGAUCCUCUACCUUGGCGGCAGCCCCUCUGUCCACCACCAACACCAGCACCCAUGACUACAAUCCACCAGUGACUCAUACAUCCUUUGCAGAGGCGGAGAUGUUCAUGACCAAAAAGGAGUUACCAGGAAGGACACUGGAUUUUUCUAUUGAUAUGAGAACAGUGCCUAUUGUUGGUCGUAACUUUGUCAACACAAGUAUUCAUGGUCCACUGACUGAGCAACCCACCUCACUGGAGGUUCCCACUUCACCCACCAGGAAAGGUACGGGGGAUGGAGAAUCCUGCUGGAGGAAACCUCAGAAUUCACAGCCUCGAGUGCGUGAAAGAUUGGCAGAACUCCUGACUUGCUAUGGACAGAAACGUCUUCCCAAGAGCCCCUCUGAUACUGUUAUUAACAAGGUAAUAUUCAGCCAAUCCAGCGACACUUUAGAUCACCAACAGAGUGUAGCCUCCAGUGGAGAGGAAACAUCCACAGCUGAUGGUGGAUCCAGUGACAUUAUGAAUGAACCAAAUGUGAAUGACAUCAACAUGACCAUUAAAGGAUUUGACUUCCUUAAUGAGGAGGAUUCGGACCCUGAUUACUAUUCUUCCUUGGAUACCAUCAAGCCCUAUGCUAUAACAUCAUCAGAGAGAGACAACAGGCCUACUCGAGGUUAUGGCAGUGUGCCUGAUCUUAAACUACUGGAUAGCCUCUCCACAACCUCAGAGAAAGUGGUGUCACCUAGUGAUAGCAUCAGUCUCAGAGAGGAGAGAAUGUCUGAUUCAGAAACAAAUGAGGAGGAUAGACUGUCCUCUGAUUUACCUGGAGGGACCACCAUUGUUGUGCCUCACCCUGGUCUAGAUAACAACAGUCGUCCUGGAAGCCCAGAUACUACAUCUUCACACAGUCUCCAUAGUGAAGAAAGUGGGAGUGAUAUUGAUAUGGUGGACAUAGGGUCCAAUUCAGCCUCUCCCAGCUUUAACCAGGCCAAGGAGACAUUUGUAUUUAUGACAUUACAAAAUGAUGAGGUAGAGGAUGUUUGGAGGGCACACAUAGCCAAGGUGAUGUCGGAGUCCUCGGCUGUUCUCACUGUCAAGACAUCGCAGAUCUUCCCUAGACUUUACAGGGAGCUUAGAAGACGCCUUGACACUAUGACAAAGGAGGCGUGUUACUACAUCUCAAAGACAGAAUCUCUGAAGCACAUGGCUACACAACAAAUAAUGGACUUGAUUUUCCUGCACAUGGAGUGCCCUUUCUUCUAUGUUGACUCUGAUACAUUGACAGGAAGUAGAACUGUUGAGAAGCAUAAGCUUAGUGUGUUGGAGAUCCAGGACUAUUAUGAAACUUACUGCAUGAGGAAGGAUCUGGCAGAGCAGAGUCUGGAAGUGAUAAAGUCCUCCAUAAAACAGGAAUCCCUGGGGGACGGAGGCCAGGGAACUGCUGUCUGUAGUACUGACCAGAAACUAGAGCUGUGUACAAAGCUGUAUCGUGUGAUCUUCCAGCUGGUAUCCUUGUUUGAGAACUAUGUCAAGCUGAUGGACACGUUCCGAUCUGUUACUUCAUCUCCACAGAUUGCAGACAUGUCUCUACAAGUGUCAUCGGUGCGGGCUGAGGUGUCACAAGCUCUUCAGGAAAUGGAGAAUGGCCAGGUCUCACCAAUCAACACAGACUCUAGUAAAAUCAUAAUGAAGGCAGAGGCGGUCACCAGUUUACUGGAGUACAUCAAUGGGCACCAGUUUGUGAAGGCUGUCCAACUAUUGAGGUCAUUUAGAUGUAAUUGGCCAAAUGAUAUAUUUGGACAAACAAGUGAUGAUGACAUCAUUGCCAUCCUGAGUAUUUACUGUGCUUCCCAAGCAGAAAAACGUACAGGACUCUUUGUCCUGAUGGGGCUGGACAUUGACCUAGGACUCAUUAAGAACCAGCUGAUGCAGCUCAACAUCCUGAUGAGGGGUAGAUCUUCUUCAGUCCCCUCCUUGACCCCUCAGACCCCCGAGGAGGAAUCUCACCAGGACUCCAGCUCCUUAUGACUAGAGCACCUGGGAAAGAUGUCAUUUGUGUGAAACAAAUAAGGAAGUUUAAUAGACUCUUAUUUCACUCUGAAUUUUUUUCAGUUACGAGUGCAAUUUACAUGAACAACAUGAUUAACAUAUAGCUAUAGUUUGUUUGAAAUGUGUAUCACUGAUAUACAUGUAUGAUUAUCUACCAGGAAGUAAUGCUCAGAUGCAAAGCAUAAUUCUGUACAUCUAUGUAUUUCUAUAAUUCAUAGAUUAUUAAAUUAUACAAUUUAUCAAAUAUUUUAAUAUUGCUACACUGAUAAACAUGAUAACUACCUAUACUGUAAAGUCAAGUCUUAAUACAAAAUAGGAAAUCACUCAUAAUUAUUCACAAAUGACACCUUUCCCUGUGGCUUUUCAGCACAUCUUACCUAUAUUUUUGUUGGACAUGUAGCUUUUAGGGGAUACUGCUGAUUGGCCACACUGAAAGUUAACUUUAAAUUGUACAUAGAACAAUUAUUGAAAAUGUCAUGUAGAACCGUUUCUUGUUAUUGGUGCUGAAUAACAUGUUUGGGAAUCAGUAAAUUGAUAGCAUGUUUUUAUGUAAUAUGUCAUUUUGUGUAUCUUUUGUAUUAACAUUUUAUCAAAGGUUGCUUUUACACUGAAUGAUUGUGGCAUUUAACAUUUUGUGCUAUUUGCUUAUAAACUGGACCAUGUUUGAUGUUAAAGAUUUGCAUAUAAUAUUAUAAUUUAUAGUUUAUUUGCCCUGUAUAUAAUGAAUUUUAUUUGUUGCUAUUGAUAGUGCUUACAUAUUUUUCUUUUUACUUCUCUCUCUCUCUCUCUCUCUCUCUCUCUCUCUCUCUGUCCAUGCAUGGUAUCUCUCAAGUCGAGAUCCAUGAUAUAUAAGGGGUGACCAUGUAAAGUGCAAUUUUUAUUUCCCAUUGAUACCUCUUUGUAUGUGUUUAUUCUAGUCUUUUUAUUAGGUCACCUGAGUCACUCAGGUGACCUAUUGCUAUCUGUUUUCGUCCGUCGUCGUCCGUCGUGUGUUAACAUUUGAACAUUUUCAGCUUCUUCUCUGAAACCGC